GGGAAAAAGCAACGAUCUUCGACGCGAAUAAAACCAUGGUGUUUUAUUUUACAAGUACAGUUGUGUCCCCAGCAUACACCAUUUAUAUGGGGGAAGAUAAGCAUGAGAAUGAAGAACUCAUACGAUGGGGUUUUCCUGAAGACGUAUGGUUCCAUGUUGAUAAGGUUUCCUCAGCUCAUGUGUAUCUAAGGUUACACCCAAAUGAAACAUUAGAUGAUGUUCCACAGUCUGUGGUAGAUGACUGCGCACAACUUGUAAAGGCAAACAGUAUCUCAGGUAACAAAAUGAAUAACAUAGAUGUUGUAUAUACGAUGUGGGCAAAUCUCAAGAAAACUAAUGGUAUGGAUGUUGGACAGGUGGGAUUCUUCAAGGAUAAGGAGGUUAGAAAAGUUAAAGUAGAAAAAAGAAUAAACGAGAUUGUGAACAGGUUAAACAAGACAAAAACAGAAGAUCAUCCAGACUUCCGUAAGCUGAGGGAAGACAGAGAUCGAGAAGAGAGGGAAGAUCAGAAAAAGAAGAUGGCAGAUCAGAGGAAGAGGGAAAAAGAGGCAGAGGAACAGAAAAGAAAAGAUGCUGAAACAAGAUCAUAUGCCAAUUUAAUGCGACCAGAAAAUAUGACAUCAAAUCAAGACAAUGGCAAUGACUCCGAUGAUUUCAUACUACAUCCGGUUUUGCGUGCGUAUGAAUAUCAUGUCUUUGCUGACGCGGGGAGACUGGCAACUGUUGCCCUAGGAAUAAACGCCAUAGCCACCGUAGCUGUUGACGACUGUAACCCACCAAUACGUAAAAGUUUCCUAAAUGAUCUGAUGGCUACACAAACCUUCGUCACAGAUUUGCAGGCAAUGAACCCAACUGUUGUUCAAGUACAGGGUUCUUCAAAGUCACCAUCUACAUCUCAAUCACAGAAUGGACAGACCCAAAAGACGACUAUCAUACAGCCUUCCCAGACACAUUCUGGCCAACAAUUCAUUGUUACAAUUCCGGAUCAGCUGGGAGAUCAGGCACAGGGUGGAGACACCGUGACCAUCCAACAAGGAGGACAAGCGGUUUACCCCACACAUGUACAGUACGUAGAUGGCUCAGAUCCCGGUAUCUACGCAAAUGGUCAAAUGCAAGGUACUUACCAGAAUGAGUAUGGGCAGACCAUGUAUACACCAGUAUCCAGUGCAUACUACCAAAGUACAGGACAGCAGUUAGGGACUGUACAGACAGUUCAGGGACAGAUUUUGCAGCACCAGGGAGGAACUUACCUGAUCCAGGGAGGUACGAUGGACGGGGAGGGCACUCCCCUCACCCACACCACCCGAGCCUCACCUGCUACGGUUCAGUGGUUGAUAGACAACUAUGAGACUGCUGAAGGAGUAAGUCUACCCAGAAGUACCCUGUAUAACCACUAUCUGAGACAUUGCCAAGAACAGAACCUAGAUCCAAUGAAUCCAGCUUCCUUUGGAAAACUCAUCAGAUCAGUCUUUUUGGGGUUAAGGACAAGACGCUUGGGUACUAGGGGGAACUCAAAGUACCAUUAUUAUGGAAUCAGGAUAAAGGCCAACUCACCUUUAAAUCAGUUCACUGACAAUGAAACAAUGGCAAUCAGGCAACAGCCUCUUUAUCAUGGUAAAGGUAAAGGCGAGGUAGAUGGCUCAGACAGCAAUCAUGGUUCACAUGGAGCACACGAUCCUGCUAAGGCCCAACAAGAACAACACCAACAAUUUCUGGGAGAUGCCUCGGCAGCUCUUCCUAACUUUGGUGAUAUUGACACAUCUGUGCCUUUCCCUGAAGGAAUUACAAUCGAGCAUGUCAGAUCAUUUGAGAAAAUGUACAGAGAGCAUGCAGAAGCUAUUGUUGAUGUAGUAGUCAAUUUACAGUUCUCUCUCAUCGAGGCUUUAUGGCAGGGAUUCUGGAGAAAUCAACCUCCUGAUCAGUUAACAGCUGACAAUGAUUAUGAGAAGCGGUUACCCAAGGAGAAGUUGUAUUUGGUUAGUUCAUAUGAACCCCUACAGCAGUGGGUCAGGAGAGCAGAUUACACAUUUUAUCAAGCACUGGUGGAAGUUCUGAUACCUGACGUUCUACGACCUAUUCCUAGUUCACUUACACAAGCCAUAAGAAAUUUUGCCAAAAGUUUAGAAAACUGGUUAAAAAGUGCCAUGACAGGUGUCCCAGAGGAAAUGGUGAAGACAAAGGUGAGUGCUGUCAGUGCCUUUGCUCAGACUCUGCGUCGGUACACCUCACUCAACCAUUUAGCUCAGGCAGCAAGGGCAGUUCUACAGAACACUUCCCAGAUCAAUCAGAUGUUAACUGAUCUCAACAGAGUGGACUUCGCAAAUGUCCAAGAACAAGCGUCGUGGGUGUGUCAGUGUGAUGACGCUGUGGUGCAGCAGUUACAGGACGACUUUAAGAAGACCCUGGAGCUCCAGAACUCUCUGGAGCAGUGGGCCGUCUGGCUUGAGGGGGUCGUAAACCAGGUCCUCAAGCCUCACGAGGGGAGCGAAAACUUCCCUAAGGCAGCCAGGCAGUUCUUACUCAAAUGGUCAUUUUACAGCUCAAUGGUGAUAAGGGAUUUGACUCUGAGAAGUGCAGCAAGUUUUGGUUCAUUUCACCUGAUCCGCCUGUUGUAUGACGAGUACAUGUUCUACCUGGUGGAGCACAAGGUGGCGGCCGCUACAGGAGAGACCCCCAUAGCUGUCAUGGGAGAGUUCAUUGAUAUAAGCAGUGCUGUUCUGAUGAGCAAUCUUGAAGCAGAAACGAAGCCCAUAGUAUUCAGUAAAGCUGCAACAAGUGCCACCACGACUUCUGCUCAAACCUUGCUGAACAAAGGGGAGACAGGACAGUCUAACGCCACCACACUGAUGGUCCUGUCUAAUUCUGGUACAACAGGAAACCCCAGUGUUAAUGGUAACGUUAUUGUGACGGCAGCUCCUGGUUCAAAUCCCACAACGGUCACGGUACGGGCAGCUGGGACCGGGAGCACGAUACCGGGAACUAAAACCAUUGUUGUGAUGCCAGUGUCUAAUGCUGUAGGCUCAGGGGACGGACAGGGUACAAAGCGAUUAAAAGUGGAAUAGUGAUUAACAACAGAAUAUUUACAUGCCUGAACAAAUCUUGAAUAUCUUGUGGACUAUUAUUCACCCAGUUUUGAAGUUGUAAUUCCAUCCUAUUUUGUACAUAUGUUUUUUAUGUAUUUAAUGUUAAAAUAGUUCAUGUUGCAAGUUAUUUGAGAUUUAGAAAAAAGAGGAGAUGUGAUUCAGCAAAGUGUGUAUAAUUUGAGAUGAUCCUUAAAUUGGCAAAUGUUAUUUUGUGGACUUGAAAUAUUAGGCUGGUUUAUGUGACCUAUAAAGCCUGAAACAAGUGACACUAGAAAGUAGAAAUGAAAAUUCACCGCAAAAUAUGCAAAAAAGAAGUUAUAUGUUUAAGUGAAGACCGAGAGACAAAAUUCUGUAUCUGAAAGUGAAAAUUGUGAUCAAGUUUUUAAACCAACUUUUUAAAAAUGAAAAUGCCUGUACAUUUAUCCAUGUGUAUUUUAUAGAUUUGCCUAAAAGUUACUCUGACUUGUGGUGCAAUUGCAUGACUACAUUUCAUACCAUCAUUAAUCACUGGUUCAUUGUUUGACUUUUGUUUCCAAUUUGUUUUAAUUGCUUGCUGUUCAAUACAUAAAAUUCUUUUUUUUCAAAUGAUUGGUCUUAUCACUUUUUUAUUGCAUGAUUUUGUACUGCUUCAAUGAAAUGCAUGUGUUUAUUUCAAUUCAGUAUCUUUACAUCAGUAUUUGUUGAAGUAAGAUAUUGGAUUGUUUUGUGAAAUGUUACAUGACAGAAAUAGCAAGCUGUAUAAUUUAUUUAUAAAAGUGUUAAUUUUACUGUAGACAGUUUGGAAAAAAAUAUUCAUGUACAGAAUCUUUUGUCAUUUUGUAGAUUUUAGAAACUAGUCAUAUUUAUUAUGUAAACUAGGGUAUUUAAAUUUUUGAAUUCUUUGGUUUUUUUAUCCUAAUGUUUGAUAAAUUUAGCAGGAGAAAAGUAGUAUUGAAACGAAUGUUUACAAGUAGUUCUAAAUUAUUUUUUAGGAAUCAAGUAUGGAUAUAGAACAAUGUGAUACAGUAGAUGAAGUUUUUAGAUAAUUUUCCCAUCUCCUGUCAGACGUCUGACAAUCUGUGCCUUAGACCAAAUAUAGCAGGACAAUGUUUGUACAGAAAGUUUAUACUGUAGCAAGACUUGUGUAUAUCGUAUUUCGGGCGGGUAAAAUUUUUUGUAGUGCUUAAUUUUAUGAUUUGCAGUUAUUUAUUUUUUAUUUAUUAGUACAUGUAUACAAAUUGGAAAGGCAUUGUGUUCAAUGAGACUGCUUCUUAAGUACUGCUGUCACUUUCUGUAGAUUGUGACAUUGAUGAUUCAGAAAAGUUAUUUUUGUGAUUGGAAAUCUUGAUUACAAGUUAUAAAAAAAAUUAAAAUGAAUAAAGCUAAUUGUUGAAAAUA